CUUUUGGCAUUUUCAGCCUUCACGUGUGUCGCCGCUCGCUCGCUGUGGUCUACCAAGCCGGCGACUCAUGCUUGGAGAAAGAGUGACGACUAUCUCCUGAAAACUGCCUACCCCGUGGGUAAUGGCCAGCUGGGAGCUAUUCCGCAUGGACCUCCAGGACUAGAGAAAGCCGUGCUCAAUAUCGACUCAUUGUGGUCUGGGGGUCCUUUCGAGAGCGAAGACUACAAUGGCGGCAACCCCAAUGAACCCAAAUACGGGGCCUUGCCUGAUAUCCGCGCUGAAAUAUUCUCCAAUGGCACAGGGAGCGUCGCUCCCCUCCUCGGCUCUAGUGACGCGUAUGGCGCUUAUCAGACGCUGGGGAACCUGACCAUCUCCAUCGAAGGCGUUCAGGACUACAAGAACUACAAGCGAGUCCUUGAUCUCGAAACUGGGGUCCACACAAGCACGUAUAAGGUGAACGGGACUGAGUUCUCGACGGUCGUCUUCUGCACAUACCCUGACGAGCGAUCCAUCACGAUUGUACAUGGUGCCAACACAAACUUUGACCAGACCAAGGGAAAUGCAGAGAAUGACUACUCAUUCAAGGGGCAAGAUCCUGCGGAGUACGUGGAGCGCGUGACCAAGAAUGCGGCGGCCAAGUCCUACAAGAGGCUCCUCCAGAGUCACACCGAGGACUACGGACGUCUCGCGUCUGCGUUCACUCUGGAUCUUCCUGACCCCAAUGGCUCAGCCAAUGUCGAGACGGCAGAGUUGAUCGCAGGCUACACAGCAGAGAGCACCGGCGACCCCUUUCUGGAGGCACUUCUCUUCGACUACUCUCGCCACCUGUUGAUCACUUCCUCUCGACCCGGCUCCCUCCCUGCCAAUCUUCAAGGUCGCUGGACAGAAGAGCUCUGGCCUGCCUGGAGCGCCGACUACCACGCCAACAUCAACUUGCAAAUGAACUACUGGGCGGCGGACCAGACCGGCCUCAGCGAGACCCAGGAUGGUCUGUGGGACUACAUGGAGCUGAACUGGGCCCCUCGAGGAUCCGAGACGGCCAAGCUCCUACGACACCCUGCUUCCGCAGCCUGGAUGAUGCAGCAUGUCUGGGACAACUUUGACUACACUCGAGACGUCGCCUGGUUCAAGCGCCAAGGAUACCCUCUGAUCAAGGGCGUCGCCAGGUUCUGGCUGUCGCAGCUGCAGGAGGACGGCUUCUUCGAGGACGGCACAUUGGUCGUCAACCCGUGCAACAGCCCCGAGCACGGCCCUACCACCUUUGGCUGCGCGCACUACCAGCAGGAAAUCCACCGCACCUUGGACACGGUGCUCUCGGGUGCGCCCUUUGCAGAAGAGGACGACGAGGACUUCCUCGAGCAAGUCCGCGACGCGCUCGGAAAGCUGGACAAGGGCUUCCACGUCACAGAAUGGGGUGGCGUCAAGGAGUGGAAGAUCCCAGACUGGUACGGAUACGACGAGAAGAGCGACCACCGCCACCUGUCCCACCUCACAGGCUGGCAUCCAGGCUACUCCCUGUCCGCGUACCACUCCGGGUACGGCACCAAUGGAACGAUCCAGGACGCUGUGCGCGAGACGCUGAUCGCUCGUGGCGACGGUAACGCGGGGGAUGCCAACGCGGGCUGGGCCAAGGUCUGGCGCACCGCAUGCUGGGCACGGCUGAAUGACACGGAGCAGGCCCAUUUCCAUCUGCGGUACGCCAUCCAGGAGAACUUUGUCGGCAACGGGUUCAGCAUGUACGAUGGGCAGAAUGAGCCGUUCCAGAUCGACGCCAACUUUGGGCUGGGCGGCGCCGUGCUCAGCAUGCUGGUCGUCGACCUGCCCUUGGCCCACGAUGCGCCCGCGGAUGCUGUCAGGACUGUGGUGCUGGGACCAGCCAUCCCCGCGUCGUGGAAAGGGGGAAGCGUCAAGGGGUUGAGAGUUAGGGGCGCCGGCACUGUGGAUUUUAGCUGGGAUGACGAGGGUGUCGUGGACAAGGCGAGUGUCGAGGGACUGAAGAGCAAGGUGCGGUUUGUCAAUGUAAAGGGGGAAGUGGUCGUUAAGGUUAAGUAAGGGUUCGAGUAUGAGAUCGGGCUGCACAUAAAAAAGGCGGCACUGCCGCGUUUGACUUUUGACCAAGUCAACCCGCCUACCCUAAAUGCCCGCGCCUCAACCCCACGAAGAC